AUGAUUUCAUCGAUUCUCCUCAUCGUGCUCAUCAUCGCCGUGUGCGCGAUUCUCGUCGAAGCUCAAUGGGGAUACGGACCGUACGGACCCGGUUUUGGUGGCUACGGGCCGGGUUUCGGCUACGGCGGCUUUCGUAGACGAUUCUGGGGCGGACCAUUCGGCGGCUACGGACCAUAUGGCGGCUAUGGGCCAUACGGUGGAUACUACGGACGCAAAUAG